AAAGAUAAGAGUGUGACUACUUCCACUAAAUAGUUAGUUGUUUAACUGUCUGAUUUCAUGGCGGCAAUAUUGCAGGUACCUUACGAUGCUACAGUUCGUUUAAUGUUAGCUUCACUUGAACGGAAUGUGCUGCCGGAUGCCGUUAUCCGGAAGCUCACUCGCUUGCUCCUGGCCAGCCGCCUCCGUUCCGGCUAUAAGCCUUCAGCCCAUGAACAACUCUCCGAUCUUAUGCAGUUUGUGCAUUCUUUGAAAGAGAUGCCAAUUGCUAUAAAGACUGAUGAGGCUAAUGCUCAACAUUAUGAAUUGCCUACUUCCUUCUUUAAGUUGGUUUUAGGCCAACAUUUUAAGUACAGUUCCUGCUAUUUUUCUGAUGAAUCAAGCACCUUAGAGGAUGCUGAGAAAGCAAUGCUGGAGAUAUAUUGCGAGAGGUCGCAGCUAAAAGAUGGUCACACUGUUCUUGAUGUGGGAUGUGGCUGGGGUUCACUCUCUUUGUUCAUUGCUCAAAAAUAUAGCAAAUGCAAAAUCACUGGUAUCUGCAACUCCAAGAUUCAGAAAGCUUUCAUUGAGGACCGCUGUCGGGACCUUAAGCUGCAAAAUUUGGAAAUUGUUGUUGCUGAUAUUAGUACACACGAAAUGGACGGGUCGUAUGACCGUAUUUUCUCCAUUGAAAUGUUUGAGCAUAUGAAGAAUUACAAGGAUCUGCUUCACAAGAUUUCCAAGUGGAUGAAAGAAGACGGUCUUCUUUUUGUUCAUUAUUUCUGCCAUAAGACAUUUGCUUACCAUUUUGAGGACACAAAUGAAGAUGAUUGGAUUACGAGGUAUUUUUUCACCGGCGGGACAAUGCCCUCCGCAAAUAUGUUGCUUUAUUUCCAGGAAGAUGUUUCUGUUGUGAACCAUUGGCUAGUGAAUGGGAAACAUUAUGCACAGACAAGCGAGGAAUGGCUGAAAAGAAUGGACAAGAACAUGAAAUCGAUCAGGCCGAUAAUGGCGGAAACUUACGGUAAGGAUGAAGCUGUGAAGUGGACUGUAUACUGGAGAACAUUCUUCAUUUCUGUGGCAGAACUUUUUGGAUACAACAAUGGAGAAGAGUGGAUGGUUGCACUUUUCCUCUUUAAAAAAAAGUGAAACUGGUUCGAUCAGCUCGAGAUAAUAAAUAGGGUUAAGUAAAUUUGCGAUUACUAAACUAUAAUUUUCUUAAAUUUAAGUUAUCAUCGUUUUUAAAAAAUGAAAAUUUGAUUAUUAAAAUAUAACAAAUAAAACGAUGAUAAUCAUAGUAUAAGAAAUAUUUCAGAAAUUAAUAAAAAAAAAACUAUUUCAGGAUUUGGGUAUUGUGGCUUCUGCAUGUACUGUACUUGUUUGGGGAUAAAUUGUACUGUCACUUUCAGAAAUAAAUAAAACAGUGUGCCAUAUAUAUGAAUUUCUCUUUUAAAUCAAUACGUUAGGGAUCUCCAGAACUAUUAAUUGCUACAGGCAUGGGCGGGCCAAUAUUGAAUGUCUAAUUGGCAACUGUCAAUUUUAUGUAACUUAAAUUUUUGAAUAAUAUUUUAAUAUUCAGUUUAAUGA